UCCACCCCCUCCGCCUCACGCCCUCUUCUUCCUGGCGACGACCCCGGCGACCUAGACGACCCCGACGAGGACACCCACCACUCUGCGCCUUCCCCGCUCCGUCCCACGCCCUUCCCCUUGCGCGCGACGUCGCCGCCGUCUCCUUCUCUCUUGUCGCGGACGCUAUCUCCCUCUAUGGCGUCGCUGCGCCUUCAUCCUGUCGUGCCCACCGAGGUGGUGCUAAAGAUUGGGAUUUUCCUCCAAAUCUCUCGCGGUGGCGGUGGCGGCGGCACGACGGAGUUCAACUGGUGGCGGUGGCUGGCGGAGAUCCAAUCUCGGUGGUGAUGGAGCUCCAAUUGGGUGCUAAUGGUACAUCCGUCCGAGCUGUUUCAGGCCUGCUGAGAUGCAUCAAGAGCUGGCGGCUCUGGUAGAUGACUACCUGCGGCCGGACAUCACGUGCGGCAAACUUCUCCGACGAGGAGGACCAGUCAAUCAUCCAGCUCCACUAGCUGCUCGGCAACAGACAUUGCAGGUUGCUGUGGGCAACAGAGAGUUGGAGCUGGUAAAGUGGAAUGACAAGCUCCGGAAGGCUGUUGACGACUGCAUAGUCCACUUAUCAAAGAAGGUUGGUUUGGCUCUGAAGAAACUAUUACAGGAUCUGCACAACUACCUCCUGGUAUCUUGGGAUGAUUCCACAUGUUCAGGUUUGUCACACUGCAUGCUACACAAGUCAGUUCUGCAGGUUGCUCUGAAAUGCACCGAGUCAGAUACAACCGCCUGUCUGGGGCAAUUUCUUACCCUCGGUGCAAAGGCUAGCUCAUGGUGUGGUUCGUCGAAUCUAUUGAUGAUUCUGAAGCAGUUCAAGAGGAAGAGCACAAUAGUUCAUGCCUAGAGGUAAUAUACAGGCCAGUGAGAGAUUUGAAUGGUAUACCAGGUAGUCAGUCGCUUAACAUUUGCCUGACGGAUUACCAAAAGGAUGGGCGUGAAGACAUAAUGAUUGGAGGACCUACCAAAUCGAGACAUUGCAGGGUGUUGCAGAAUCCAGGAUGCGCCCAGGGUGUUGCUUCAUCAAUUGGAACAAUGGCAAGGGACGGAUCCGGCAGGGGAGGCGACAGCGAUCGACCUUGUGUCCAUGCCUUCUCGUCCAGAAGGAGGCCGGCGGGAGAAGGCUGCAGGGUGCAGGCCGCAGGGACGGCUACAGGUUUGGAGGAAAAGCUUGCCCGGCGGCGCCGGCCACCUUGAGAUGAGCGGAGACUGCCGGCGAUAGGUGAGCGGAGACUGCUGGCGAGAGGUGAUCUCGGCGGAGUGGCCUGCCGGAGAAGGUUCGAGGCGCGGCCGCUAGGGAGGGAGGAGAUACUGCCCCGGCGGCGCCGCCCUCCUUGAGGCGAACCCAUGGACGGGGGAGGCGAGCGGAGAACGGCGGCGAGACAGGAGCUCGAGGGAGGCUGCCGCCGGUUGACGAGCUCGACGGAGGAUGGCGGCGGGAGGCGAGCUCAACGGAGGCCGGCGGCGCUAGGGCAGGAGGAGGCCCCCGGAGCGAAGCGUGGGAGGCCGCCGGCCGGCCGGCGCGAGCGCGGGAUCUGGAGUCGGGACGAUCCGAUCGAUUGGAGCAGAUGGUUCCAGGUUUAAAAUACGGAGGGCUAAAAUGAAAAAAAACCUGAGAACUACGUGUCGGACAACUAAUUCUAGUCGGAGGGA